AUACGUUCAGACGCCAUUCAGAUGCGUCCGAUGCAAGUUAACCGGCGUCGCGCGACCAAAACAUCGAAGCAUCGUUAGAUAACGAUCAGAAAGACGUUCGUACGUAGAGGGUGGGCUCGUAUCGAGUAGAAGAUCGGGAGAAAAGAAAUCGUAAUUAUCGAUGAGACGAGGCCGAUUAAUUAUUAGCUAUUCACGCGGGAAACACGCGCGGCUGAUUGUCACUCGCACUCUUUCGUUCAAUCGCAAGAGGGUUAAUUCUGGGUUCGCUCGUUGAAUGAACCGACUUGCACGCUGCUGGUCGUUGCUCGGCCCCGUUGAAACGUGUUGGACGUAAAACGAUGAAUUUUUCAAGGAUCGCGUUCAGUGAAAAGAGAAGAAUGGCUAACACGAGGAAGAACGAUAAUGAAAGCGAACAGUGUUUUACGUGUACCUAAAGGUGAGCUUGCCACCAAGUUACCGUCGUUUCAUUCAGAACGAUUCCAGGUGCGAAGAGGAAGGGAAAGGAGUUUGGAGGUAGAAAAGGGACGUUGCACGUGCUUGCCGAGUAAACCUCGAGAAAAUUGCUAUAAGAUUGUCCACUUUUCUUUCGCUUUGAAAACACGACUGCACGGCUACUUUUCUGCCCGAAGAAGUCUACGCUUAAUCUUCUAUGCACUCGUGUAAGAUUAAGGAGGUACAAGUACUCCUUUAACCAAUCACUAUGUAAACGAUGCAAACUAUUAUGAUAUCUCAAGCAAUAAUGACAAUUCAGAUCCCUUGGAGAAAUUUUACUUAAUUACAGAACAAAGGUGGCACACAGAUUCUGUGCUGCCUAUUCCUUUAUUACCAUCUACCGAGGGAAUGUCUGCUCGAUCUCAUCACAGGAUCCCACAGUCCAUAACGGGACUGAAUGAUGCUGGUAUGGAUUUGCAAGCAGCUCAAUUUAGUACCCGUACAGGACAGGUGGUACACUCCACUGCGACAUUAUCAUGGCUAGACUGGCAAUUGCCUCUGUUCGUAGCACUCUGCGCCAUCGCUGGCGCUAUUCUCUUUACAUUCCUGGUUUUGUUAUGGCUGAGGAAACAAAUGUCGCGUGAAAAGGAUACAGAAGAUGGUGAUAGGAGAGGUUUGGUAGAGGAAGGUGCGGUAUGUCCUCCAGAAAAGACUACCAAAGCUACGAAAGGAUCGAUCGAAUGGGUUCAUCAACCUACGGCAAAGGCAUCUAUUCAUACUGUUCAAUCUAUCAAACCGCUUACUCAAGCUACUGGCUUACCAGAGGUAAUGUCGGUAAUGACACCGGAACGUAGACCAGAACCGAUACGCAUAAAAGCUAAAAGAUUACUGGAACGACGUGGAUCAAGUGCAAGUUUGACUAUAGAAUUAGCACCUCCUCCUGAAAGUCCACCGCACAUAGUAACUCCUACUCGCGAGUGUACCGCAGAGGAAUUUUUAUUGAGCGCUGGAAAUGUUCUAUCCAGAACACAGCUUAAAAAGGCUAUCAGUGAUCCGUCAUCGCUGCACAAAGAAUUUUGGGAGGUUCCACUUAAUUUACCAGAUGAACUAGAUAUUUGUGGAUCUGGAGCGAAGAAUAGAUACUGUUCUGUAUUACCGAAUCCACAGUCGAGAGUCGUUUUACCGGGCUCUUCUGACGAUCCUCUUUCUAGUUACAUUAAUGCCAACUAUAUACGAGGAUACGACGGAGAAGACGCUCGUUAUAUCGCAACCCAGGGACCAUUGUCUCACACUGUAGCUGACUUUUGGAAAAUGGUGUGGGCAGACAAGGUCUCUGUUGUCGUUAUGAUAACAAAGUUACACGAAGCUGCGAAAACAAAAUGCGAGGCAUACUUUCCACAGGAUAAAAACGGUCGUGUACAAGCGGGAAAUUUUACUAUUAUCGCGAAUUCUAUCGAUACAAGGGACGGUUACACGAUCAGAGAUCUAGAGCUUAGAUGCGAAGGAGAAAGAAGACAUGUACAGCAUUACUGGUAUGAUUCAUGGCCGGACCAUGCAGUACCUCAAGCUGCAGAUACUCUUGUGAGCUUAGCUGCAGAAGUAAAUUCCCUGCCAGGGCCAGUCGUUGUCCACUGCAGUGCAGGAAUCGGACGAACUGGCUGUUUCAUAGCUUUAGCAACGGGGAUGACGCAGUUAUUGCGAGAUGGAAAUGUAGACGUACUUGGUAUUUUAUGUCAAAUGAGAUACGAUAGAGGAGGCAUGGUUCAAACAGCAGAACAGUACGAAUUCGUUCAUCGUGCACUUUGUCUGUACGAACAAACCCUCGAUGGUGGUAAAUCAUCGAGUUCAGGGGAAUGAAAGAACCGAGGUGAUCGAAUUGAUAGGAAUUAACUAAAAGAAAAAUUCUUCUGAGAAUUACUAUGAAAAGGUUUCUGACACGACUGUUGGAUAUUGUCUGCAACACAUUGAUUCGUCCAGAUCUGAAUACUUUUGCCGUGAAGGAAAUACUAUGAAGAGAAUCUCAAUUUCAACUCGAGAUCCGGUGGAUAUAUCUCAACUGUUUUCACCUAUUCAACAUGAGUUCUGUCUCAUUAAAAAAAAAAGCUGCCAUUUCUAUACUGCCAUGACGAAUUGUUGACAAUUAAUAUCAAGUCACAAAGCUCAAGACAAAGGUAAAUGGUUAAUUGACUCACGUUCUAAGGAACAUAUUCUUAAACGGAAUUAAAACUGUUUGACAAAUGAACAAGAAUAUUUCGAUUUAACUUAUGAAGUAAAACAGAAAAAAAAAAAAAGAAAAGAAUCAGGGUUUGUCAGUGUUGAUUGAAAUUUUUACGUAUUAUCUGUGUGUUACGGGUUAAUCAGUUAUACAGAUUUUGCAGUUACGCUAUUCUUAGUCUUGAACUUUCCACGGUACGAGCAGUUUUUCCUUAACUUUUCAGUGCAGCAAACUGUUGUACAAAUCAAAUUCAGCUGCCCAAUAUACACGAUUACAGAUAACAAUGCUAUUGGAAAUACUUAACUAAAACCAUCAGAUCAUAAAUACAGAAAGGCAGAUUAAAUUCGUUACUAAAUCGGGACCCAGAUCAAUGAGAUAUUUUUAUCCUAUUUGUAGUUCCUAGUUAAUUUUACAGUUUGAUGUAUACAAUGAUUUCCAUGACUUUUAAUUAAUUUAUCAACAAAGACUGAAUGCAGGUAGUACAAUACGUUUAUUAUGUAAGUUAUAAAUCUAACUAGAAAUAAAUAUGCUUCUGUAACAAACUGAAAUUUAUGACAUGCAUGAUGGUCAUAAAUGUAGUUUGAUCUAAAAAAAAAAAAAAUAAC